AUGAUCGAGUCACUGCGGGACAUGAAGCACAAAAGCAGCAGCUACGAGAACCUGGAGAUGGAAAGGACUGCCAACAAGAUACUGCAUCGCAUGGAAGACAAGGCGAACGAGGACUCUUUGGAUGGCACAAGAGCAAGAAUCCUCGCGAACGCCCGAACCAUCUACGGCCCGAAUCGAUGUCUCGACGUGAUAAGUUUCGCUCCAACUUCCUCGCGAAAGAUUGGCGCCGCCAUCGUCGAACACAAUCCAAUGAGUAGAUCGUACGUCCACUGCACGUCGGCAAAGGAAGACUCCCGUCGAGAGGCGUAUGAGCACCUUCUCGUGAUCACUGAAGACCUCCUGCAGCGUCUGAUGGACACAGAGGGUAUCACCAGUAGCGGUUGGCUUACGGCAACACCCCAGUCGCAGCAUGCGGCGACAUACAAUGCUGCAAGCGUCAGCGGAAGUGUGGCCGGCAGUGUGCCUGCGAGUCGGAGGAGCAGCGUUGCACCCCAGGAGAUCAUCAUGCCGCCACCAGAACGAUUUGUGAACGACUUCCACUCGCCGUACUCGUCUCACCAUAUCCAGAGGCCUCCUGUGGGGGCGAAUGCACCAUCACUAGUCCGCGGAAACAGUAAUACUGCUUUUGGCUGCACAACUCCCCAACCUCAGAUCCAGCAGAUGCCCCGUACGAGCAGCGAUGUUGUUAUACAGCAACCGAAGCCGGUGCCGGCGGGGCAGUACACAGGCCGCCAUCAUGGUCGUGUGCAGUGGAAGCUUGGUUCGGAGGGCUGA